AUGUCGUAUCCUUACCAACAACAACCACCCUCACAAGCUUACCCACAAUCUUAUGAUCCACGGCAAUAUCCCCAAAGCCAUUUCCAGCCACAACCCCAGCAGUACUCGCCUUAUGCCCAUCCUCAACAAUACCAUACCCCCCAACAUCCACAGCAGCCAUAUCAGCACCCACAUCAUCAUGCUCAGCCACUGCGACCCCGAUCGAUAGGCCAUACCCAUUCUCAUUCUGUACCUCAUCAUUCGUAUGGUAACCCGCCUCCAAUCGCGCCGUCUGCUUGGCAGGCUCAGGCAGUUCAAGCCCAAGCGCAGGCAGUUCAAACCCAAACCCAGUCCAGGCCAGCAGCACGGCCUCUUCCAGCUCCAAGACGCGCAGAAACACUCCCACAAGGCCCUGCUAAUCCAAUACCGGUGGCUUCUCGUCCAUUGCCAACACCAACUUCAUCCUCGAUCCAGUCACCAAUACAAAGAAACGGUGCAAAGCAUCACUCUAUUGAUCUUGGUCGACCUUCAAUUCCUCAUGAACAACGCAGUCAUUCUCCUCCGCGGCGACGCGCUUCCCCUCCCCGAUUCACUGGUGGCUCUGGGUCAUGGACAGAUGUUCCACCCCAGCCAGCCGAACCACCACCGCCUAUUUCCACGAUCAGUAAAUCGAGUGAUUUCAAAAAUUUACUUUCUGGUCCACCACCACAAAUCGAAGGCGGGAAAUUUGUACCCUUGUGGAAACGCGGUCUCGCCAAUAAUGGAACCGCGUCAGGCUCAUCUUCCGGUCGUCCCCUUCCGACUCCCUCAAAGACUCCAGCUGCCCCAUCAGCAGAGAAUGGGCUCAAACGAGGUGGCUCUCUACACAUCCGUUCGCCUGCCUCCGCUGUUACAGAAAAGUCGCCCACACCUUCGCCUGAGCCUUCAGACGAUGACGAAUCGGAAUCGGAAUCAGGGUCUGAGGCUGAGACGAGAACGAGUGUAACAGAGAGCACCAGGCCAGAUGACUCUGAAUCUGACUCUGGGUCAGAAUCAGAAAGUAUCACCUCUCCCGUCUCUCCUAGCUACGGCAUUCGGGAUCUACCGAGACCUCCCUCUAUGGACACUCGUGCAACUACAUCUACACUUCCCCAACCACCUCCGAUGCGCAAUUCUGCUUUUGAGGGACGAAGCGCUCCAGCGGCAAUGCAAAAUUCAGGAAGUAGUCGGACGCUUAUGUUUGCUGCUGCUGGGCUGGCCAAUCACCACGGAAAACCCAACGGAUGGCCUGUUGGGAUUCCUCCGUUACCCCGUACACCUGGGAGCAGUAACAUGAAACGCGAAAUUGGCGAUCUUGAAGAUUCACCCCCCGUUUCUAACAUGCGGAGAACCUCUUCAUCUACGUCAAGCGCUACCGGUCUCCCGAGCUCCCCUCUCAAAUCACCGACUUUUUCGUCCGCCCGACCGGUCCCCACCUUGACUUUCGACCCACCAUCAACCCCGAAGUCAGCUGUUCCUUCUUUCACCAUCACCAGCUCCUCCCCCCCAUCAGUCCCCAUAAUCUCGCUACCAGAUGACAGUCCACCUUCAGUGAACAUCAAAAUCAAUUUACCAGAUGACGAGGGGCCUUCUAUCUCUAUCGAAGAAGUCGACACAAAACCGAAAUCGACCCCUGAAGUCUACGAAGUUCCGGGGAUUAGCUUCUCAGGCGGGUUACCCUCCUCCUCCUCAGCCUCCCGGGUUCUUCCUGCGACUGCCCCGAAUACUAGACAACUUCGAGGCAUUGCAUGUGGUGGAUGCAACAAGUACAUUGUUGGUCGCAUUGUCAACGCUAUGAGGCUGCGUUGGCAUCCAGAAUGCUUCGUGUGUUGUGUUUGUAGCGAAAAUCUAGAGCACGUGAGUAGCUAUGAACGCGAUGGACGCGCUUACUGUCAUCUGGAUUAUCAUGAGCACUUUGCACCUCGAUGCUUCAGUUGCAAGACCCCAAUAGUAGAUGAGAGGUUUAUCUCGCUUGAUGACCCCGAGCUUGGAAAACGAACGUAUCACGAGCAGCACUUUUUUUGCUCAGAAUGCGGGGACCCAUUUUUACCUCCGUCACAACCUGCAAUCAAAGGCGAAUUAGCAUUCUCUGGGGACGGUGCUUUCAUGUCAGAUGAUGUCGGUUUCACAUGCAAGAAAUGCAAGCGGAGUAUUCGAGACGAUGACGAGGCUGUUGAAGCAUUGGGCGGAAAGUGGUGCUGGGCAUGUUUUUGUUGCACAAGCUGUGCUAAGCCUUUCGAGACGCCUGCAUUUUUUGAGAGGGACGGGAAGCCGUGGUGUGAACUUUGCUUUAGCAUCAUUCUACGAAACGAAGUGUAG